AUGUCCUGCCACCUCCACCAGCACCUCCCUGCGCUCCACCAGCGCCCGCUGGCGCUGUCCCCCGGCGUCCCCUCCCCGGCUCCGCGGUGGCACUCCACCUCCUGCAUCCCCCAGGCCGCGCCCGGCCCCACGCCCCUGCAGCGGGCCACGUCCUCCGGCGUGUGCCACCAGCAAAGUGUCACCUGGGCCGCGCCCCGCCGGCUCCUGCCACCCCCCUGCGCGCCCCGGGUCGUCCCCAGGCGGGUGACAACGUGCCAGAGCGGGGUGACGACGUGCGUGCCGCAGCAGCUGCGCGUGCCGCAGCGGUGCCCACCCGUGCAGCAGCAGCAGCAGCAGCAGCAGCGGGUUGUCCCCAGCUGUGUCACCACCUGUGCGCCGCAGCAGAGCGUGGCGGGUGUCACCGGUGUCACCCAGUGUGUCCCCCAGCAGCAGCGGCAGCAGCAGCUUGUCCCCAGCUGUGUCCCCACCUGCGCGCCGCAGCAGAGCGUGGCGGGUGUCACUGGUGUCACCGGUGUCACCGGUGUCCCCCAGCAGCAGCAGCUUGUCCCCAGGUGCGUCACCACCUGCGUCACCCGGGCUGUCCCGCCGCGGCAGAGUGCCACCAGGUGUGUCCCCCAGCAGCGAGUGGCCCUGUGUCCCCAGCAGGGUGUCCCCAGGUGUGUCACCUCCUGCGUCCCCCAGCAGCGCGCCGCCCAGAGCGUCUCGUACCGGUGGGUGACGGCGCCGGGCCCCCGGCAGUGGCAGAGCGUCACCGCCGGUGUCCCCCAGCAGCGGCACGACGGCAGGUGUGUCACCAAGAGUGUCACCAAGUGUGUCCCCCAGCAGGGUGUCACCAAGUGUGUCCCUCAGCAAGGUGUCACCAAGUGUGUCCCACAGCAGGGUGUCACCACAGGUGUCCCACAGCAGAGUGGGACAAUCUCUGUCCCCCACCAAUCUGUGACCAAAGCUGUCUCCCAGCAGUGUGGGACAAUCUGUGUCCCUCAGCAGAGUGCCACUAAAUGUGUUCCCCAGCAAGGUGUCACCAAGUGCAUCCCUCAGCACUGUGGGACAAUCUGUGUCCCUCAGCAGAGUGUCACCAAAUGUGUCCCUCAGCAAAGUGCCACCAAGUGCAUCCCCCAGCACUGUGGGACAAUCUGUGUCCCUCAGCAGAGUGUCACUAAGUGUGUCCCCCAGCAAGGUGUCCCCCAGCAGAGUGGGACAGUUUGUGUCCCCCAGCAAGGUGCCACCAAGUGUGUCCCUCAGCAGAGCAUGAUCAAAGGUGUCCCCCAGCGGAGUGUCACCAAGUGUGUCCCUCAGCAAGGUGUCACCAAGUGUGUCCCACAGCACUGUGGGACAGUUUGUGUCCCCCAGCAGAGUGUCAACUGUGUCCCCCAGCACUGUGGGACAAUCUGUGUCCCCCAACAAGGCGUCACCAAGUGCAUCCCUCAGCAGAGUGUCAAGGGUGUCCCCCAGCAGUAUGGGACAAUCUGUGUCCCCCAGCAGAGUGUCACCAAAUGUGUCCCUCAGCAAAGUGCCACCAAGUGCAUCCCCCAGCACUGUGGGACAAUCUGUGUCCCCCAGCAGAGUGGGACAGUUUGUGUCCCCCAGCAGAGUGCCACCAAGUGUGUCCCCCAGCAGAGUGCCACCAAGGGUGUCCCCCACCACUGUGGGACAAUCUGUGUCCCCCAACAAGGUGUCACCAAGUGCAUCCCUCAGCAGAGUGUCAAGGGUGUCCCCCAGCAGAAUGGGACAAUCUGUGUCCCUCAGCAAAGUGUCACCAAAUGUGUCCCCCAGCACUGUGGGACAGUUUGUGUCCCUCAGCAAGGUGUCACCAAAUGUGUCCCCCAGCAGAGUGCCACCAAGUGUGUCCCCCAGCAGUGUGGGACAAUCUGUGUCCCUCAGCAGAGUGUCACCAAGUGUGUCCCCCAGCAGAGUGCCACCAAGUGUGUCCCCCAGCAGUGUGGGACAAUCUGUGUCCCUCAGCAGAGUGUCACCAAAUGUGUCCCCCAGCACUGUGGGACAGUUUGUGUCCCCCAGCAGGGUGUCACCAAAUGUGUCCCCCAGCAAGGUGUCCCCCAGCAGAGUGGGACAGUUUGUGUCCCCCAGCAGGGUGUCACCAAAUGUGUCCCCCAGCAGGGUGUCCCCCAGCAGUCGGGCGCAGUGAAGGUCUCCAGCCACUCCAAGAAAUACUGCUCGGCCCCCAAGUGGCCCUGGUGA